UGCCCUGUGCGUUUAGUAUGCCGUGGUCGGUGGUGCGUCGCGUUCAGGCUGCUGGUGCAGACGAGGAGGAGUUGCUUGCCGAGAAGGAGUGAAGUAUGUGUUCAUGACGGAGGCCUCGUGCGACGACGACGACGAAGCAGAAGAAGCAGAAGAAGCUGAAGAGGAAGAGGAGGAGGAGGAAAAAGAUAAAGAUAAGGAUAGAGAUAAAGAGGAAGAAGCAGAGGCUAAGAAACGCUCUCUCGUUGUCUGUAAAUCCUCGUCCGUAGUGUCGUGCUGCCGGGGUGUUCGCGUGUUACACGGAGAGCAAAGAGCAGAGCCGAAGCUAAGCCGAGAGCUGAGUCGAGCCGACUCGACAGUACGAGAAUACGCGCAUACGUUCGUACGUUGCGUAGAACGAGAGGGAACCAAAGGGUACUAACGAAUCGACCGGUUCUCUCGACUAAUUGUUAAAACGAGAGAUCCGACACGCGCACGAGCCGUAAAGGUAUAACAAUCGGCGAAAAUAACAGAGUUUAAAUACCUGUCAACGGAUAUUAAUAACGUACUGGUAUUGCGCGUGUCUGUGUGUGUGUGUGUGCGCGCGUGUGUGUUCUUUUGCCUGCGUAUCAAAAUUGCAAACGCGUUCCGUCGACCGACUUGAGGACGAUCAACAAGUUCGCCAACUUUUCGAAUCGUCGAUCGAUCGAUUAGCUCGCGUUGGUGUUUCAAUUUUUCAAAAAACAUACCUCCGGAUCGUUUCUCAUUCUGCGUAUAUCCUUCGAUUUUACUUGGAUUUUUUCUCCGUCCGGUCCCCGUAAGCACUCGUUUAAUAUACCAACCCGCAGCCGAGUUCAGGGUGGUGUCACUGUAACACACGCUGUAUAUUAUGCACGCAAAUUCACACUUUGAUCGAAUGUAACGUAAGUAUAACGUUUGGGUAUAUUGUUGUAAUAUACCGUAUACCGUAUGCGUUUACACGCGUCUCAAUAUUUGUCUCAUAUUCAGGCUCUCUUUCUCACUUUCCCCACUAUUUCUAUCGUUAAAAAAAAUGAGACAAUUAUUGUAUUGAUAAUAAUAACAGUAACAAUAUAAAAGAACACCGGUCGUUGACGAGUUAAAUUUUUAUUAAAAAUUACUCAACGUUUUCAAACUGUGACAAUGGUGUGACAACAACGACGACGAGAGUGUGCGGAGAAGCUGAGAGACCGUGUGAUCAACAAACCUGUUUAAAAUAACCUACCAGGUACACGUAAUCGUGCGCCUCAGUGACGUACAACAUACCACUACUGCCGGUACAGCGUGUUGGUAUACCGAAUAAAAAUAUUAGGGGAAAAAAAGAAACAUCCAAACCAAGAGGGGAAUAAUAGUAAUAAUAACCGAGUGAACAAGAACAAGUGAUGAGAAGUGUAAAAUGUUAAUUGGUGAUAACAAGUUAUUAAUAAAUAGUGGUGUCCGUAACGGAAUCGUAAUCAAAGUGUUGUUAUGUGGGGCCACAGCGGUGGUGGCCAAUACCAGGAGCAUCGUCAUCGUCGUCAUCAUCUUCGGCAGCAGAAUCGUCCUCGUGGCCGUCGUGCAGUUUUCAUCGUUAACGAAAGCAUCCCGUUCGUCGAUUGCGAAAUCCGGUGAUCCGGUGCCGCGUGUAAAGUCUUUGCCGAGCUGGGCCGACGGGGGUGAGGAAAACCGGCGGGAUAUCGAUACGAGAUCGUCGUCGUCGAAUUCGUCGAGCCUCGUCGAUGAUCAGAGGGAGAAGAGAAGAAGGCGGCAGCUGCAACGACGCGUCGUGAUCUUCGCUGUUCUCGUUAAAAAACGCAGACGUAAAACAAUCAGCCCUCUUCUAGCCGCGAAGGCGGUGGUGGUCCCGCUUUGCUCAUCCGAUCUUUCACUCGGUAGUAUCAGCGCCAAAGGCGGCGGCGCGCCGACACAACAAGUCGGCCAAGAGACGGCGAGGGCGACGGGUGGUGAGGGGGUGGAGGAGAAGGAGAAGGAGAGGAAGAGGCAACGACGACACACACGCGUCGUCCGCGACGCCGCGAGCAGCGGCAACUCCGUUCUUCCUAUUCUUCUUCGGCUUUGCGUUCCGAGGCUACGUACUUCUCAUUAUUGCAGCCUACCGUUGGUACCGCCGGUCGCAUCGAAAACCCGGCGUCGCUCUUAUUGUCCCGCAUGCGAGGGAAGAACGCUGAAUAUACAGGCCUGAAGAAGAAGAUUUAAAGAAAUAUCCCCCCCACGUAGCGAAGCGUGUGUCUGUGUGGAUAUUUUGGAGAAUAGAGAAAUUUUUAAUCCUUCUCUCUUCCUGCGUAUUAUACCGUUACUACGAUUAUUUUUAAUUGGUAUUUCUUUUUUUUUUUUUUUAAAUUCUACUUUUCCUUCUUUCGUUAUCGUCGCUAUUCCCUGCGUACUGUAUAUAUAAUCAAUCUCCCGCUCUCUCGCUCGCAUCUGCAUUUCUUCGCGAAGGUGCCUUGUGUACGUAAUAACACAACGUAUUAACGAACAGUGAGACAGAUAUCUGAUUGCCUAGAGAGAAAUAAGAGAGACACGUCGACGGUGAUAAUCUAGUGAUUCGUGGAGUUGAAAAGGGGAUAGUGAUAAAAAAUAAAAUUGUUGACUGAGGAAAAUUAAGGAAAGAAGGAAAUAGAUAAGAUAAUAAUAUAAGAAACGGGGAAAAAAACCAAACAAACCCAGUGCGUGUGUGUGUCUGUGCGCGUGAUAAAAAAGUGAAAUAGAAAAAAUAGACAAACUCUUUGAGAAACGCGGUUAAAAGUACUGGCCCCCAAAUGCACAACCGGGAAAUCCUGUUUCAUGUUCAUGUUCUGGAGCAAACGGACUCUGCUCACUAAACGUCUCCUUAAGGCAAAAGUCCGUGGGGAGCAUGAAACCGAGUGUGAAACUCAAGAGAAUAAUCAUCACAUUGUACCGUACUCGAUUGGUUCGACGAGCGAAUCAUCAUCGAAGCAUCAUCCACCCUCAGGCAGCGGCACUGCCAGUCCGUCGACGACAUUAGGCGUCGGUAGCGCGGGAAAGGCGACGACGACGACGACGACGACGACGAAUUGUUGUUGCUGUUGUUAUUGUUGUUGUUUCACCGGUAGCGAGGAUAAUCGUCGUAAUCGUCAUCAUCAUCAGCAGCAGCAGCAGCAGCAGCAGCGUUACGGCAAUGCGUCAUCAGCGAGCAUCGACGAUACGUCAAACGAUAACAACGGACGUGUAACCAGGUGCAAGGAUCUGCUGAAAAGUUUGAAGGAAAAUCAGCUGGAGAUGCUUUUGGCCGCGGUAGAAAGUUACGGAGCCGAUCUGAGCGGCUGUGUUCUCGUACCGAGGCGGCGACGACGCGCCGACGGAGAUCUGAGAACCGUCGAAAACGCGACCAACGAUAAUAAUACCGCGAUGGGCUGCAGGGAGGAUAAAAAGACCCAGCAGCAGACGCAGCGAUCCUCGGCUCGUCAUCAUCAUCAUCACAAUCAGCACAGUCAAAGACUGCAGCAGCGGCUGACGCGAGGGGAACGACGAUCGGACGAUAACGACGAGAACGCGAUUCCCCUGGAGGAGAGGAACCCAACCUCCCUUCCCCUCGCCGACGCCGCGAUCGCGACGACGACGACGACGACGAACAGCACGUGCAGCAGGUUCGGUCGAGGCGAUCGACAGUCGUCUCAUCGUUCGCGAAAUUCCGCCGGUGCGACGCCGGCGUCGACGGAUCGCAACACCGGCGUCGAACCCCACCUUCUCUGCUGCCAAAUUUGGCGGUGGCCCGACCUCGCCGACAGCGAUGAACUUAAGAGACUUCCGGUAUGCCAUUCCGACGAGGAUCCCGUCUACGUUUGCUGCAAUCCCUAUCAUUGGAGUCGGCUCUGCAAACCCGAGUCGCCGCCACCUCCCUACUGCCUUAUUGCCGAUAGGUUAAGACCCGAGGAUCGUGCACCGAGCGAAGGUGGAGGCGAAGGAGACGCCGACGCGGUGAUUAAUCGGCACAGAAACGCAAACCCACCACCACUUCCCGGAUCCCUGACUACGAACGGUGAAGACGCAUCGGGACAGCGGGAAUGGUGCACCCUGGCCUACUGGGAACUCGGCGGUAGAGUGGGUCGUCUCUUUCCCGUCGAACCGUCGACGGUAAACGUGUUCGACUCCCUCCUUGACGGAGACGGCCUCUGCCUCGCGACCCUUGCCGAGAACCACUCGACUUCGCCGGCGAUUCAGAGGACUCGCAGCAAAAUAGGUCUCGGUCUGACGCUGAGCGACGAGUCCGACGGCGUUUGGGCCUACAACAGGUCGGAGAAUCCGAUAUUCGUAAACUCGCCGACGUUGGACGACCCGGAGUCGAGAACCUUGCUGGUGUACAGGGUGCCGCCUGGAUUCUGUCUGAACAUAUUCGACCGGGCAAAGAAUGUACACAGGCACUAUCACCACCAGCAGCAGUCGUCGACCUCCUUGUCGUCGUCGACUUCACCGAAUAACGCCGCCGUCCAGGGACUCACCAGCGGUCCCGUUGACGUAAACUCCGUCCGUAUAAGCUUCGCCAAGGGCUGGGGACCGAAGUACUCGAGGCAAGAGGUCACCUCGUGUCCCUGCUGGCUCGAGGUUUUACUUGCGCCGUGCAGGUGAUCCCUCGACGUUCGUUUCCUUCGACAUUUUCUCGGACACGCUCGAUCUUGUUCAAGAUCAAUUUCGCCGAUAUGGAUAACGGAGGGGGGAAAUCCGGAACGAGGACGGAGAUUCUCUAAACCCGUGCGUUUCUACAGUAAUAAUAUGCAACUUGGAACUGCGAGUUAGUUGUGUUUUGUGUUAUUUUCAAAAAAAAAAAAAAAAAAAGUUAGGAUUCUCCUUUUCCUUUUACUUUACUCUUCUCUUCUCUUCUUUAUUUCGUCGGAUUUUAUAUAGAACACACACAAAAUUUGAUCGAUUCUUACGGUUGAUGUCCGCACGUUAUUUUUACCAUAUUAUAUCUCCGAUACAUCCCCGUAUAUAUAUAUAUAUAUAUAUAUACACACGGUGUAUCAUAUGUAUAUUGUACGUGUAUAUAUUUUUAGUAUAUGUACAAAGUAUGUAAUUCGAUGUGGAAGAAAAGAAGAAUUAGACUUGUGGCAGAUGAUAUUCAGAUGGAUAUUGCUAGUCCAUGAUGCAAUAUUUACAACAAUAUAUACCGUAAAUGUAUAAUGUUUACAUUGUAUAUUAUAUUGGAGUUGCUGGAAGAAAACUCGAAGCUGGCAAAUCAAUUGUUGGUACUUUUUUUUCUUCGAUUUCUGCGACGAUCGCAUGUGUUUUUUUUUUCCUCUUUUCUACAGUUCGCUGUAGUCACAGUUGGUAUUUUUUGUUUUUUCCACUUCUCACCCCAUUGGUAGGAAGGUAUCCAGUUAUUAUUGACAGUAGUAAAAAAUGUAUGUAGGUAGACAAUGAUUUAUUUAAGUAUGAAUGUCGGUAGCUAAAAACAAAUCGAAACAAACAUUUUUUUUUAUAUCAAUAAAGAAUCCAGAGCUUUUUUUUAAUACAAGUUUUGACAGUUAAAAAAAAAAAUUGAAAUAAAAACAACAUGGUUUAUCGAUAGGAUGAAUUGGAUUUAUUUAAAAAUAACACAUUCUACGCGUGGUUGUCAAUGUACUAUAGAGUGUAUGAAACAGAAAUGGCAUGAGGAUACUUUUUCUACCGAUUGGUUUAUGUCGAUUAAUUGAAAGUUGUAAUUUCACCUUGUUCGUAUUCAAUUAAAUCAUUCAUUAUUUUCCUCGUUGUUUUUUCCGUCUUUCCGACUGUAAGCGAAAUUGUAAUAAAAUUGGGAUCCGUUUUAUGCGAUUCCAAGUGCGAUUCGAUGAGUUGAAACGCUUGUGUUAUUUAAUUAUUCUUCGGUCUCUUCCGGUUGUUGUUAUUGUUGUUGUUGCGCCGCUGUUAUUACUAUUGUUACUCCUAUUAUCAUUAUUACUGUUUAUGUUGUUGUUGCUAUUGCCAUUUGUGCAUCCCAUUUCUUUUCAUUACUACCACUAUCGGUUGUCAUCAUUAUUGUUAUUACAAUUAGUUUGAUAUUAUAUUUUCACACCGAUGUUUCGAAUCUUAAUUCCGGCUGGCAAGGAGAACCGAAUUUCUUUAGUCAACGUUAAAUAUACCCGCGCACGUACAUACGUACAUACGGUAUAAAAUUAAAUUGUGACAAAUCUGAUUUUCUAUCUCACUUCUCUCUCUUUUUUUUUCAACUCUUUCUCUCCGAUCAUCCUUGUAUAAUGUUUGGUGUCGACGAGUACACGUUAUUAAUAUUAUAUCUAGUAGACAGUCUAGAAAAUUGUAUGUCUAUACGAAGUGUACGCAGUAAACAGACUUUCAUCGGCGUCGUAGAUGUAAUUUGAUAACCGAUGUUUUGCUUUAUCCUUAUUUUCUCUUUCUUCUCGUACCGAUAUAAUAGUAUAUGCACAAGUAGAUAAGCACGCAGUCACUGUAUUGUGAUAUUGAACGUCGUAUACGAUGCACACGCACACUUAGUACUUGGGUACACAACGUAUUAUAAUCGCGUGUGGCGAGAGUGAAAAUAAUUACGAUUAUUGCAAACACUAUUUGGAUCGUAUUGUUGUAUUAUAACAGGCAGAUAUGAAAAUGGAAAAUUUUAGGACAAAAGGGUAACACGUUUAAUAGGUUUUUUUUUUUUUUUCUUUUCUUUAUGGCGAUGCAGGGUGUUUCAAAUAUACACAUUUUUUUUCCUCGUUAUCGCAACAACCACUUUUAUCGCGAAUUGUAAAAGUUGAAGCUAGGUUGAAGCGUCUGAUGAAAAACAUUGGAGAAAAAGAAAAAGAAACUUGAACACAAUUAAUUUUGAUUACAAAAUUGAAUUCGAUCGUAUUGUUUCGUAUUUUUUUCUAUAGAAUUCAUCCGUUACUCAGUUAACUUACGUAUUUAUCAUAUGUUAGGUGUUGUAAAUUGCUGGAAUCAGUUUUAACUGUUGCAGAAAACGAUUACUUUUUUUUUUUAACUCUUUUUUUGCUCUUCUUUUAUUCAAUUUCUCGAAAGGUUAUUGAUUUUCAAUCUCGAAAUUGAUCGAUUUUUUGUACAAAUAUUUAUCAGAAGUAGAUAAUAAAUCGGUUUAUGUUACACAAGCACGGGCGUGUCAAUGUAAAAACUUACAACUUACCGUCAAUAAUAACAUUUGUACAAUCACACACACACACACACACACCUAUUUGUGCCUAUAAAAAUAUAAGAGCGAAAUGGAAACAAUGCUUAAAAUGAUUAAUAUACAAAAUAAAUGAUGUAAAAUUGGAAGGAUAUUAUUGAAAAAUAAUAAGAUAUAAAAAACGUGCAAACAAAUACGAAAUUGAAAAGAAUUUACGCUACAUGAACACUGCGUCAGCGAACAGUAUAAAAGGGGUAAAAAUAUUACGAAGGAGUAACAGUUUAUACUUGCUUAUCAUAUUAUACCCCUUUAUUAAUGUAACAUGACACACGAUCUUCUGUAUGUAUGAACAUACAAUGCGUACAACGUGUAUCCGUUAAAUUAUAAUAUGUGUAUGUAUACGAAUUUUAUUAUUGUUACUAACUACGAUAGUAAUAUUAACGAUAAAGAUCGUUUACGAAUUUUCUGUACAUUGGAUAAUAAUUUUUACACAUUUUCUAAAUCCCGACUUCUUCUAUACGGAUAUUAAAUCCUGCUUAAUAAAUCCUGCUAUAUAAAUAUAUAUAUACAGUACAUGGUGGAUAACUCGUGUGUUUUGCAUAAAUGGAAGGUUUAUUGAACAGUCGGGGAGAGAGGGAGGGAAAAGUGACAAACUAAAGAAGCAAAUAACCAACCGAACUUGAAUGUACACGAUAAUUCCAUAGAUAUGCUUCGGUAAUAACAUUUUUUACGGAUGUAACGCACCUGUGUGGGUAUAGUACAUGUAAUGCAGACUGUCUUGAGAAUAGAUACAGAGAUUUUAGGGCCUAUGAUACAGGGUUGAUAUAAUGUGUACAUUAUUGUACGUUGUACACGAUUAAUGGUUUAGGGUAAGAAAUUUAUACCACGAUACGCGUAACGGAUGCACGAUUCGUAUGUUUUUACGCAUCACGGUGAAAAUACUUUUACGUUUCUUAUUCUCGACUGGUUUCCGAUUUUAGAUAAAAUUGUUCGUUUUAUUUUUUCGAUUUCUCUUCCCUUUUUUUCAUUUUCAUAUUACAUGGAUUACUCUACAAAGACGCUCACCUGCAGAUCGACAAACGAGGACGAAAAUGAAAACUAGAACAGGGACAAAGACGAGCUCUCAGUUUAGCCUAGGGAUCGUGUCUGUGAAACAUAGUGCCUUUUAUAUAGCGUUCACUAUUAAUUGAUAGACCUAUGUAUAUAUAUAUAUAUACAGUAAAUAAUAAUAAUAAUAUAAAUAAUAUAAAUAAUAAUAAUAACUACAACAACAACAACGACGAUGAUGAUGAUGAUGAUGAUGAUGAUGAUAACAAUAAUAAUUAGUAACAUCUAUAUUACGUGUUAUUCAGUAACAUACAGAUGUUGUUAACGGUUAUAAUAUUAAUGAGCGUUUUCAUUCUUUUUCUAACUUUCUUUUUUUGUUUUUACGUAACUAUUUUUCUUGGUGUACCAUGUAUAAAACUCUUAUACUUGAACAAUGUAAUUUAAGAAUGUACGAAAGAUAAAAGUAAUGUUAGCGAUAACAAUGGUAAUAUUAAGAAUAAUUAUUAUUGUUUAAUACCGACAUCGUACAGAAAAAUAACGUUGAAAAGAAAGGGAGGAAAACUCGUGCGCAGCGCUGUGUCGGUUAUCCAAAUUUGAAAAUUACAAAUCCCGUGUAAUAAUGAAACUGACGAUUGAGAGAAGGAAAGUAAAUAAGGCUGGUGUGUUAAAAUUUUGACUCGCGUUCAGGUCAAUAUUAAUAUCAAACGAACGUAGUAAUAAUAAUGAUGAUGAUGAUAGUAAUCAUAAUGAUAAUACAUGCAGAUAGUUGGACAUUUUUGAACUUUCAGCAACAACCAAGAUGACAACGAUUCAUUCGGAUUCGAGACCUAUAUUAUUGUAAUUAUUAUUAUUUUAUAUCGACCGCAAAAUUGGAUCAUCAGUUCUAUUAUAUCCCGAUGUACAUUGUAUGUAUAUUCGUAUGUGUAUAUACCAAUAUACAUGCAUACACAUACCCAUACAAUAUAUAUAUAUAUAUAUAUUUAAACAAUAUAAAUAUGUAUAUAUAUUUAAACAAUCUAUGUACGUACAUUAUAUUGUAAAUUAAUGCAUGUUUGAAAAGAGAAAUCGAUAUGAACCCUCUUUUUCUUUCCAUUUUGUCACCUUUCACUCCGUCAUAUGAGAUAUAUUUUUAGUCUGACGCGUAGGGAAAGACCUCGUUCUUUUCUUCUUCCUGUUUCCCUUUUCUUACAAGUAUAAAAAGAAAACUUGAAGUUUCCUACCUACGAGUGCAAUUAAUUUUUGAUGAUUUAAAAUUUUUUUUUUUUUAUUCACAUUGCCCCUCUUGCAAAAUUUCUUAUAGAUAUUUAUUCUGUACUCGCAAAUCGAUUUUGAAAUUUCUUACUUAUCUUUCAUUACAUGCAGUAAAUUGAUGUGAGGGCGAGGAUAAUGUUAUUGUUUUUUAAUUUUCAAGUUUUUAAUUGUUUCUUUUCUAUCGGCGCAUAUUACGGCACUAGAUACAUCGAUGUACGUGAUAAAUUCGGUUCUACGGUUUAUGUAUAUACGUAGAUAGAGACAGAAGCUUGUAGUAAUAAAGCGGAUCGGUGAAAUUGAUCACUUGCGAAGAUGCUGCAAUGUAGAAAAAUAAAUACUACGUGCUUAACA